AUGUUUGACGGCUGGACCCACGCUGGCAUUCACUAUGUUGCUCUCUACGCCGUCUACGAGACAGCUGGUAAGCUGCGCAUACCGCUACUUGGUAUGUCUCCCCUUGACGAUGGCGAUCAGACGGCAGACGCCCACAUCAAGCUGUUCAAGAACAUCCUGGAUGUGUACGACAAGACCAGCGACAUGGUGGGGUUUCUGGUGGGGGACAACUGCGCAACUAACCUGUCCAUUGCAACCAAGAUGGGUAUCCCCCUCGUCGGCUGCGCCAGUCAUCGUUUCAACCUGGCUGUGAACAAGUUCAUGGAGCCGUAUGGCGACUUACUGGACGAAGUCAACAACCUUAUGGUGGAACUUCGUCAUGAAAACAACCGUGCCGAGCUGAAGAAGUACACCGAACUCGUCCCUAUCAAGCGGAACGUCACGCGUUGGUCCUCGACGUUUACAAUGGUGGAGAGGUACAUUCGUAUUCGCGUAGAGAUCAAGAAGGUCGACGCCGUGGAGGAAAUGGUCCCAACCGGCGGGAAGCACCGGAAGUUGGUCGCGCUGUUUGAGCACCUCAAGAAGUUCGAGAGCGUCUGUAAGCGGCUUCAGCGCGAGGACACCGAUAUAGGAGAGGUACGCCUGAUGUUCGACUCCCUCAUCGCGGAGUACCCUGUCAUGUCAGAGCAUCUGAAGUCGACCGCCAAGAUCGUCCAUACGCCUGCAUUCGAAUCGGGUGUUGUCAAGGUCAUCUCUGGCACGGCUCUAUCGUCCGCGGAGACAGCAGUUUGA